AUGUUCCCGUUGUAUUACUACCAUGGGCUUGUCCGUGAUGAACUUUACUUCAACUUUUCAUCGACUUGCUGUGGAAAUAACAUCGAGACCUGUAACAUCGUGACUAUAUUCAACGACCCUCUCUGCUCUUCAAUUGCUUUAGAGGUGAUGUCUCUAUAA